UGAUUAAAAUAUUAUCUCAACGGAGAAAUCUGCAUAAUAUUAAAAAGCCAAGUGGAUAAAUAAUAUUUUUUGCGGCUUACUCGCUUCUAAUUAAAGGCGGGAAGAAUAAUCCUGAAAGAAUUUAUAAUUAACUUAAGAAUUAACUGAAACGAAUAUUAUGAAUUUGGCUUGACUUCGUCACUCGAUUUCUUACCUAUUCGGAAGCUCUUUUGCUUGAUAACAACAAGAAUGGAUGAUUUCGACGACGAUUCCUUUAACGAUGUUCUGGGCUCCAUGGAAAUGCCCUCGGCGGCAAAGCAACCCAAAGUUGCAGAAGUUGCUCCACCGGCUACGUUAGUUAUUGCCAGUUCAAGUAGCAGCACGGCCAGUUCCGCAUCCGCCACUCCUGUGCCUGCCAAGCCGCCAUCCAAUCCCCACAGUGUUCUCGUCCACAGCAAACAGCGCGGCAAUCCCAUCCUGAAAUCCAUCCUCAAUGUUCCGCUGGAGUUCCGUGAUGAUAUCGUGCCGGAUUAUGUUGUGGGUAGGACAUCCUGCGUCCUAUACCUAUCCCUGAAGUACCACAAUCUCAAUCCGGACUACAUCUGCCAGCGGCUGAAGACUCUGGGCAAGAUGUAUGAGCUGCGGGUGCUCCUGGUCCAAGUGGACACACCGGAGCCACACAAUGCCCUGAAGAGCUUGACCAGGAUCUCACUACUGGCCGAUCUGACCAUGAUGUUGGCCUGGAACGCCGAGGAGGCGGGCAAAAUCAUUGAGACAUACAAACAGUUUGAGAAGCGCCCGCCAGAUUUGAUCAUGGAGCGGGUGGAGUCCAAUCCGCAUCAGAAGCUUGUGGCUGCUCUUACUAACAUCAAGCCGGUAAACAAGACGGAUGCCGUCACCCUGCUGCAAACCUUUGGCAACCUGGGCAACAUCAUCACUGCAAGCGAGGAGCGGUUAUCCCAGGUGAUGGGACUGGGUCCCCGGAAGGCCAAGAAGCUGUACAAAACCCUGCAGGAGCCCUUCCUCAGCAAGUAGCUAUAAUGCAUCCCAUAACUACAUAUAUGUAAUC